AUGAGGAGGAAGAACCAGAGCACCGUGUCUGUGUUCAUCUUGCAGGGGCUCCUCUUCCAGGCAGAGCAGCAGAACAUGUUCUUUGCCCUGUUCCUGGGCAUGUAUCUGACCACAGUGCUGGGGAACCUGCUCAUCAUCCUGCUCAUCAGGCUGGACCCUCGCCUUCACACCCCCAUGUACUUCUUCCUCAGCCACCUGGCCCUCAUGGAUGUCUCCUUUUCAUCUGUCACUGUCCCUAAGAUGCUUAUGAACAUGCAGACUCGGGAUCAAUCCAUUCCCUAUGCAGCAUGUGUAACACAGACUUUUUUUUUCCUAUUUCUUGGUUGCACUGAUAACCUUCUUCUUGCUGUGAUGGCCUAUGACAGGUAUGUGGCUAUUUGUCACCCUCUACACUAUAGCAUCAUCAUGAGGGAGGAGCUGUGUCUAUGUCUGUUGGCCGGAUCCUGGCUCCUCUCCUGUGCCAUUGCCCUGACCCACACCCUCCUCCUUUCUCAACUGUCCUUCUGUGAUGACAUCAUCCCUCACUUCUUCUGUGACCUUGAUGCCCUGCUUAAGCUGUCCUGCUCAGACACCUCUCUCAAUGAGCUGGCCAUAUUCACUCUAGGGUCUGCAUUUCUCAUUUUGCCAUUGAGUGGCAUCCUGGUCUCUUAUGGCUGCAUUGGGGUCUCCAUCCUAAGGGUACCCUCUACUAGAGGGAUCUGCAAAGCCUUGUCCACCUGUGGCUCCCACCUCUCUGUGGUGUCUCUGUUUUAUGGAACAAUGAUGGCUGUGUACUUUUCCUCCUCAUCAGGCCAGUCCCAUGACAAAGACAUCAUUGCUUCUGUGAUUUACACAGUGGUCACCCCCAUGCUGAACCCUUUCAUCUACAGCCUGAAAAACAGAGACAUGAAUUUGGCUCUGGGGAAUAUUUUCAGCAACAGUAACCUGUUAGCCAAGUGAGAAUCACCUAACAAUGUUCUUCUUUCACUCACUGGCAUAAUUAGAAAAAGCUUAAAAUUUUGUUGGUCACCCAUGUCUCUAGCACUUU